UGUGGCCAUGCAAUAACCAGAUUCUGACCAGAGGGGAAAACAUUGGGCCAAAAAAAAAAAGACUGCAUCUCGCAAAUUCGCACCUCAGAGAGGGAGCUUCGAUGAAAAUGGGAGUCGGGAAGACGUUUAAGUCACACAAAAGACUGCGGCAGUUUUACCGAAGCUUCUCAAGGUCUGAGGAAGCUUGUCAGUAUGCAGAGGGGUCCGGAUCUGCGACGGCAGUUACACAGCACAGGCAUCCCAAGAGAAGGGCAUACUCGAGCCCAGGCGCAGCGGACAGCUGCUCGCCGAGUGAGAAUGGCAGCAGCGGUGUCGCUGACGUUGUCGUACAGCUACGCAGCGAGAACAUCAUGCUGAAACAGGAAGUCGCGCGCAUGAAGGACCUCGUGCGAUUGGCGGCUGGGAGGGUAGAAGAGGUGGAGAGGAAGCUGGUAGAGGUAAUCAACGAAGAGGAUAACGAGCAGCAGAUCAUCGACGAGCUUAUGGAAGAGGUGCGGCUUUCGAAUAAGGAGACGGAGUCCAUACGAGAGCGGAUAGGUGCGGAAGCGCACAAGCUUUGCCCGAGUUUGCGGGUGCUCUUUGGCGACAAGGAGGAGGGGGAGGAGGGGGAACUGACAGAACUUGAGCAGCAACUCGGCUUGAAAGUGGAGUUGCAGGCUGAGCUCAAGGGGCUGGUCAACAAACGAAAACAACAGCUGAGGCAGAUGGAGGAGACGGUUCAAGCGCUGCGCGAGCAAAGGGAGGAAGGAGGGGCGUUGAGCUUGUCGUUUCAGCUGGAGCUCGUGAGGAAGGAAGAGGAGCUGAGGCACCUGAGGGAAUCUCUGACAAGCACAGAAGCCGAGGUGGAGAAGGUCGUCUCGGAAAACAAGUCGCUGUGCGUCGAAAAGGGCAUGCUGGUAUCGAAGCUCGAGGAGAAGGGCGAGAAGUUGAAGGAGGCAUUGGAUCUUGCAACGGAAUACAAGAACGAGGUGGAGAAACUCAGGCUCAUGCCGGUCACUCCGAAGCGCAGCAGCGACAAACCAUGGCUCCGCCCCACACUCGCUGCAGUUGGAAGCGCGAUCGCCUUCGGGUUUGUCUCAUUGGUGAGGGGUUCGUUCAAAGCGAGACGGAGCUUUGAUCUCUGAAAUAAACUCGCAUUUCUUUUCCAUCCGUGUUUCAGUCCACACAUGGCAAAGAUCAAUGACACACAGCGACAAUGACGGCAGAACUGCCGAUAAACUGCUGCUAACCAUGCUACAUCAAUGACACACAGCGACAAUGAUGGCAUGCGGCUGCGACGACACACGACGACAAUGGCACGUGGCGAUGACGGCAUGUUGCUAUUGUUUGGUAGAAGCAGACUAUGCGAGUCUGAUCGGUUCAGCAAUCCACCGCGGAGAGGGUUAGCACUGGCUGUCAGCCUGUAACAGUCUGGCUUGGCUAUGACCCAAUGUGCCAACGGUCGCAGUGCGCUGGCCGUCUGGUUGUACUAUAGAUUGCGUUGCCGUGCCAUGAAGAGCAGAUAUACUGCACAAGAUCGACACAACCCCGCCUUUUUUCUUUGCUAACGAUCUUCUGCUCUUGCUUUGUCAGAACAAGUGCCACUGGCGGAAAGCCGGUGCCGAUCCACGAAGAUAGCAAACCGGUAUUUUUGUCUUACUGACAUCUGUAAUUUACUAAUUUCUGAUCGGAAGCGACACACACGUAUUGGCUUCUACGCAUCCACCUCACCCUGCCUGCUGCCACAUGCCACAUGGACAUGGGGCACUCUGAGAGAUUGAUGAUCGGGCCCAGCUGCUCUUGGUCAGCUCCCACCUGGCCACAGGAGCUGGUGGGAACUCCUGGAAGUUACCGCAGUAACAGUGGCAACUCCUGCCAACCGGCGGGAAUCGGUGGAACUCUGUUACCACAGUCCCUGCCAGUUACCGAUGAAACUCCUGCCAGAUACCGCAGUAACUGGUGGGAACUCCUGCCAGUUACCGCAGUAACUGGUGGGAACUCCUGCCAACCGGUGGUAAUCGUUGGGACUUGGUUAGCACAGUAACUGGUGGGAACGAUUGGAACUAACUUCAACUAAGUUACCACGGUAAAACUGCAGGGAACUGUUGGAACUAAGUUACCACAGUACCUGGUGGUAGGAACUCUUGCCAAGUGGUGGGACUUGACAGAUGGAGCUCCCAUCUCCCAAGCUGGAUCUCGCAACUACUCGAUCACAUUUCGCUUUUUCUCGGGGACGACUUUACAUGCAGUGAGGGAGGGAUAUUGUCUCUGCUCAGCCACCCUAAGCCAGCUGAUAAAUUCCAAGACGACAAAACUGCUGCUACUAAACUGCCACAGUUUUGCCGCUAAACUGCUGCGAACUGUGAAUUGAUACAUGGUAACUCCUCCUCUGCUCAGCUACCCUAAGCCAGUGCUGCGAACUGUGAAUUGACACAUGGUAACUCCUCCUCUGCUCAGCUACCCUAAGCCAGUGGGUAGUCCUCCUGUCAAUUACCAGAUCGUAUGUUAUCGCUUGACAAGAUCUGUCUUCGGCAUGCAGUUCUGCACCUGACGGGCGAACAAUGUUACGCAUUUCCCCUCUCUACCAGUUGCACCUGAUUUCCCCUUUCCAGCUGCUGCUUUCCAUUCAAGCAGCAAGGAGAGUGUUUUCUGGGAGAAGUGUAUGUUUACCUCCCUACCAUUGCCCACAUACAUGGUUAGGAUGGGGCAUUAUUUAUUUCCCAAGUCCAAAGUUGUCUGGCUCAGUCCCCGGACGGGGGCAUACUGUAUGCCUUUCUGACUCCUGGGAAUGGAUUGACAGACUGUGGCAGUUGAGGGCAACCGCCUCAGGUUGCGGGAAAAAAGGCACACUGUGAAGGUGGUCCCGUGGCGAUCGGAGAGCAGCCUUCAAGGCGUGCCUUUGGCCCUCGCGUUCGCCAGAGCCAUUUCAGAAACAAUGCACUCGCUAUGUUCGCUAUGCGGACGAUGGCACAAUUUCUCAAAGUAAGGUUUAGCGAUUGUUGCGAUAGAGAUAACAUUUUCAGGAUGAUCCAACACUUAGUUCUGACCUUGAAAACAGAGUCCUGACUCCUGAUCCUGACAAAUGCUAUGGAAUGCCUACUAUUGCUAUCCCUAGA